AUGACCGAGGAUAUGCAGCAGGAUGCUGUAGAAUGUGCAACUCAAGCAAUGGAAAAAUUCAAUAUUGAAAAGGACAUUGCCGCUUAUGUUAAAAAAGAGUUUGACAAGAAAUACAACCCAACAUGGCAUUGCAUAAUGACAGAGAGAAAAGCUGUUAUCAAAAAUGCAGAUAUGACCGAGGAUAUGCAGCAGGAUGCUGUAGAUUGUGCAAUCCAAGCAAUGGAAAAAUUUAAUGUCGAGAAGGACAUUGCCGCGAGUGUUAAAAAAGAGUUUGACAAGAAAUACAACCCAACAUGGCAUUGCAUAGUUGGCAGGAACUUUGGUUCAUAUGUUACACACGAAACUAAACACUUCAUCUACUUCUAUCUGGGACAAGUUGCAAUCCUCCUUUUUAAAUCUGGAUAA